AUGGUCAGCACUCUCGUUGCAGCGACAAUGUAUACUGCCAUCCUGUCCCCUAGCGCCAAGGCCACCAACUUGUUUCUUACUGCUGAAGCGCCAGACUACAACAACGACGUCGUGGGCAUCUUGCUAAACAAUGUGAGCUCUUUGCGUGCAAAUGGAGAGGCUUACGCCGUCUUCGACUGGGACAACACGUGCGUGUUUGGCGACAUCUCGUAUACGUCGUUCUUCUACCAGGUCGACAAUCUGAACUUUCGUUUUGCCCCGGAAGACUUUGAAUCCAUCUUCUCGCUUGGCUACAACGCUCACAGCAGUGACACCUGCCUUGUGGAUGGCACCAACUCGGUGAUCGGGUACGACUUGAAAGGCUCAAAUGUGACGCUGGCUGCGACUCUUGCUGAGACCGCCAAAGACUACAAGGUGUUGUAUGACGCUUACAUCGCCCCUACCUACAACCUGGUCAACAUUCAUUGCAACGACGUAGCAAUGAACGUCUCGCUUAGUGAUAUCAAAGAGACCGUCGAGCACCAAAACUUUCGAGCCAAGAUUGCGUUCCUGCUGAAUGGUCUUGAGGCUAUGGACGGUGAUAAUGAUCACUCGGACUGCGCAAUGACCAUCGCCAUGACGGUGUUCCCACACCUGCUCAUUGGAAUGAAGACGGAAGAGAUCCAGGCGCUCAUCCGAUCUAGCAUCCGUUGGAACCUAAGCGAGGCUCUUGAGACCCUUACGUACACGUCAACGGGCGACUUUGAAGUCGAGGGGUCGUACACCAAGGGUCUGCGCUUCUUUAGCGGUCAGGAGUCCACAAUGCGCGCUCUUCGUGCCGCUGGUGUAGACGUUUAUAUUAUCAGCGCAUCGCCUGAGCUCUACGCUGCAGAGGCUGGUAAACUCUUUGGAUUGGGUAACAUGGUCCCAAACGACAAUGUAUACGGUGUUCGUUUCAAGACUGACGAUGCCGGUCUGUUUACGGCUGAGCUUCAGGACAACUACCCCAUCACAUGGGGUCCCGGUAAAGCGACAAUCAUUUCCAGCAUCCUCCAGCCAAUGCACGGAGGUGCUCCUCCUAUAUACUCCUCGGGUGAUUCAGACGGUGAUUGCGAAAUGCUCAAUACCGUUCGCGACGGUGUCAUCGAUACCAUCAAUCGUCUAAAGGGCAACUCUUUCUGUAUUCACGAAUUCUACAAGAAGGCUUGCAAGUAUUUUGGCACCAAGGAACCGAGCAAGAACAAUAUCUACCUACUACAAGGUCAAGACCAGGUGAUUGGCACAUGGAUUACAUCUGGAUUCAGUACGAAGGAUGGUAUCACGUACACCUCAGCUGUAACUGCUUACAACGGCUGUGCUCAAUACGGGUUUCUCAAUUUCUAA